UUGUAACUCAGACAUACAAAUCUCUUUCCUCCAGGCACAGAGAUGUACUGCCCUCCAGAGUUUUUCGAAACGGGCAAAUACUUAGCACGGCCAGCAACCGUGUAUUCGCUUGGAGUGCUGCUAUACACUAUGGUGUGCGGAUAUAUGCCAGACUACACGGAUCGGGAAAAGAUGCAGCACUGGCUCUGGUAUCUGCCGUCCUUGUCCUGUGAAUGCAGUCAUCUCAUAAAUGCCUGUCUGCAUCCCGAUCCCAGCGAGAGGAUACAACUGGAGCAGAUUCUCCUCCACGACUGGUUUACGGUACCUAUGAUCUACAAGAACUUUUCAAAAUACAUGGAGGAUGAGCGCCCGGUCCUGGUCAUGCAGGAAGAGCUGAUUAGCCAGGCAUGCUAA